AUGUCAUCUCCCAAAGUUGCCAUUAUCGGAGCUGGCCUCUCAGGCCUUGCCCUGGCUCUGGCACUGCACCAACAGGGUAUCGAAAGCAUAGCCUACGAACAACAAAGUGCUCCCCUCGAUAUCGGAGGCGCAAUUAUGCUCUCCCCGAAUUCUCUCCGCGCUCUAGACAAACUCGGUGUCUUCAAGCGCAUGCUUCCUCGCAGCUACAAGUUCAACGAACUAUACUUUCUAUCUCAGGAUGACAAGCUCGUCGACGUCUUUGUUUUUGGAAACGAGGAAAAGUACGGGUACACCGGUAUUCGUGUCUACCGUUUCGAACUUAUCAAAAUCCUCCUUGACCUUGUCCGCGAAGCAGGAAUCAACGUUGAAUAUGGAAGAAAGUUUGACCAAAUUGUCAACGAGACUGAGCAGAGUGUUACUUGGCGCUUUACUGAUGGCUCAGAAGAGACAGCUGAUCUUCUCAUUGGUGCUGAUGGUAUUCACUCUCGUGUACGAUCAUAUUUCUACCCUGAUCUCACACCCAAGUUUACAAACAUGAUCGGCGUCACAGCUGCUGUUCCAACAAGUCAACUCAAGCUUGAAGAAGGCGACUACAAACUCCCUGCUACCUUUAUGCACGACAAGCGCGGCGCUUUCGUCAUCGCACCUCAGUUAGCUGAUGGUUCGGAAGUUCUAAUUGGCAAGCAAAAAGUAUUCGUUGGAGAAGAUCCAGGCCGUGAUGCUUGGAAAGCAAUGAAUUCUGACAAGACAUGGUGUGUUGACUUUCUCCGCGAAGGAAAAGAAGACUACCCUCCCAUCGUCUCCAACGCGACGUCUCACAUCUCACCCGAGAGGGUUAAUCUCUGGCCAUUCUACCUUCUCCCCAAGCUGGACAAGUGGGCCUCUAGCGAUAAGCACGGUCGUGUGGCUAUUCUUGGAGAUGCAGCCCAUGCUCUUCCUCCCACUGCUGGACAAGGCGUCAACCAAGCUUUCGAAGAUGUUUAUACUUUCGCUGGUGUUCUGGGUCAAUUCAAACAGAAUACUGGCAAGGGUUUGAGUAACACUUUGGAUCGUUGGCAGAAGGGAAGACAAGAGCGUGUUGAUAGGAUCAUUGAGUUGAACAAUGAGAUUAACAAGAGGAGGAUGCCAAAGGUGGACGGUGUCGAGGUUGAGACAAAGCCUUUUGAUGUGAACUGGCUUUACUCGGUUGAUUUGGAUGAAGCUGUCAAGCAGUUUGUGGGAAGUGACUGA